AUGGUGUCGGAUGAGAUGAUUCUUACUCAGUUAUCUUAUCUACAGAACGCCUACCAAAAUGCAUCGAUCACCUAUCGACUGGAGGGUAUCACGCGCCAAGUCAAUGCAACAUGGUCGCGCAACGGCGAUGAAAUUGGGAUGAAGAAUGCACUUCGUGAAGGAACCUAUAGCACCCUCAACAUUUACUUCCACGGCGAUCUUCAGGAUUCACCAAUCGCGGCGACUCGACAUGAGCCGGGGGUCAAUGGCCGCCAAAUGCUCAGCUCAGGUGAAAUGUCUUCCAAUGUUCUUGGCUUUUGCACCCUACCUGAUCCCAGUAUCAACGGCAGCAGCCCUCGCACCAGCUACAUCAAGGAUGGUUGCAAUAUACUUGCUCAAACUAUGCCGGGUGGUCUUCUGGCCGAUUACAAUCGAGGCGGGACUGCAAUCCAUGAAGUAGGUCAUUGGAACGGCCUCUUGCAUACAUUCGAAGGCGAAUCGUGCUCCCCCGACGAUGAUGGAGACUAUAUUAAAGACACGCCUCAAGAGUCUAGGCCUACGGAUGGGUGUCCCUCUUACAAAGAUUCUUGUCCCGACCGGCCAGGAGUCGAUCCGAUACAUAACUUUAUGGAUUAUUCGUCCGAUGAAUGCUACGAAUCUUUCACUCCAAACCAAGUAACCAGGAUGAGAAACAUGUGGUUUUCGCUGAGGCAAGGAAAGUGA